AUGCUCGGCGCCUUUACAGCGACUUCCAUCAUGCUGGUGCGACUCCUGGUUGUCGUUGCUGCAAUUUCCCUCACUUGGGCUUGCGCUGACGGCGAUGGACACGUCCAUGAGCAUCCUAGGAGAGCAAAUCCUUCGUCUCCGUUAACCCCGCCAACUCGCCCGUUGGAAUGGGGAGAUAUCAACAUCAUUCAUACCACGGACAGCCAUGGAUGGCUCCUCGGUCACCAAAAGGCCUCAUUCCCGGAGCCCAAUUACAGUGGUGACCUAGGUGACUUUGCGUCGUUCGUGGCACAUAUGAAGGAAAUAGCAGUCAGGAAAGACGUGGACCUCCUGCUCGUAGACUCUGGAGACCUGCACGAUGGUACCGGUCUGUCGGACGGUUACCCUCCCGGCGGCGUCGACGGUCACGAAUCUACCAAAUUCCUCGCCGAACUUCCUUACGAUGUCAUGGCUAUUGGAAAUCACGAGCUAUACGUUUACGCAAACACUCUCGACAUGCAUCAAAAUCUGGCACCGAAGCUGAAUGGUCGAUAUCUUUCGUCCAAUGUCAAUAUUACAUUGGCAGAUCAGAACAACAACACUGUUGAUGUUCCUGUGGGUAGUCGAUUUGCCAAGUUCAAGACGCGGAAAGGCCGAAGUGUCACUGCACUUGGAGUUAUCUUCGACUUCACUGGAAAUGAUCAGAACACUACUGUCCAGAAAGUCGAGGAUAUGGUCAAAGAGUCUUGGUUCUUGGAAGCUAUUAAGGAUGAACCUGACUUCUUCCUACUGGCCGGACACAUGCCGGUUUCUCGUGAUAAUUGGCCCUUGGUUUUCAAUGCCGUUCGUGCUGUUCAUGCUACAACGCCCAUUCUCAUUCUCGGUGGUCACACUCACAUUCGGGACUGCAUUCAGCUUGAUGGACGAUCUAUGUCACUGGAAAGCGGGCGAUAUAUGGAAACUGUUGGCUGGAUGAGUCUCAAGCUUGAUGGCCAGAGGGGAUCCAAGAACCUUACUUUCAGUCGGCGUUACUUGGAUCCCAAUCGCGUCACUUACGAGUAUCACACCCGACAAAGCCAGUCUUCCUUUGAUACCGAGAAAGGACAAGCGAUCACUGCAGGAUUGAAUCAACUCGCUGUUGACUUUGAUCUAAACUUCACAUACGGAACGGCACCGCACGAUUUUACGAUUACCCAGGUUCAAUAUCCUUCCAACGACUCACAAUUAUCCCUGUUCGCUGAGUUGGCUACGCCGUAUGCAUUGUCUAUCAGCAACAGUCGCGCCGAUAUCCCCAACUACAUACUCGUCAACUCCGGUUCGCAGCGAUUCGACAUCUAUGCCGGAACGUUCACCAAGAACGAUCAGCUCACUGCUUCUCCAUUCUCGGAUAUAUUCUUCUAUAUUCCUGAGGUGCCGCUUUCUGUGGCAUUGGAUACUCUGAAGACGAUGAACGAGAACGGUUCAGAAAACCGGAAGAGAAGCCUGGAGCGAGAGGAGCAGCUUUACAGACGAGGAGAUGUCCGAGCAAGGUACAUGGAUUGGCUGAGCGACAUGGAGCAAAGAGCUAUUGAGCUGGGAAUACGUGCCGCGAAUAAUCUGACCUUGGGUUAUGUUACCACCGAUUCCUGCCCGGGUGUUGGCGACGAUAUCAUUCACACGCCACUCCCAUUUUACUUUAUACCCGAUUUCAUUGGGUCCACCCCACCGGACGUCUCAAACGACACGCUCAUCGACUUUGUCUUCGUCGACUUUGUGGUGGAUCAGGUGGUGGAGACUUUGAAUAUUGUACAAUCAAACAAGGAAUUUACGUCGGGCGACGUGGGGAAAUAUAGCACGCUCGAGACAAGCGAAGUCCUGGGCAUUUACGCGCAGUUUGCAUGGAAUUAGCUGUAGAAGUCUAUAGUUUGGUGUUAUUGGUGCAUCAAGAAUUCCGUAGGAAGUUGAGCGUUUCCAAUGAUCCUUCUCAUCGUCGACUGAAAGAUCUCCGCAUUCGUGACUUUAUAUACAACGUCAGAAUACAGGAUGAUCCAAACUCUCCUGCUCGGGGAAGGUAGUCGCGAAGGAUGUCCGGAUGUUUGGAUGGGAUUUUAGAGUGCCAAACCAUUAUCUCUACAAGCAACGGAGCAAAUGUAGUCGUGGUGAGGAAAUUGAGGUGAGAUGCAUGUCUCAUCGACGCAGGAGGAAAAUUGCGGCACUGAGUCUUAAUUGUCACCAACUCGAAUUUACGACGUGUAGCAAAGUACCGUGUCCGCGCUGAUCGAGUCA